GAUUGGUUGGCAGUGAGCAUAUAAAGACCUGUGUGUUUCACAGCUGUAUCAAACUCUUCAGUUCACCAGCCAUGGACAGACGUUUGCUUGCGGUCGUGUUGUGUCUGCAGGUUUUGCUGCUCAUCACAGGCUUCACUUCUACUGAUGCAGCCGCUCUGGAAAAAACUGUGACCCACAGAAAAAUGUUCACUAAACAACGCUGUCUGUUCAACCGAGGACAAUGCGGAGGAGGCCACUCUACAUUACCGCGUGAACAACCAUCAGGACCACAAAAGAAUCCUUCCAGAAUUCAACCAGGAGAGAGGAGUCUUAUUAUGUUACCAUGAUGCAGUUAAAAGAGAUCACAUCUGUUGUGAACUAUUUCACUUUUGUCCUUUGUGUCUGUCAGUGAUCAAAGGAAGAAAGACGAAGAAAAGCUGACGACAGACAUGAAAACCUGUGCUGACUGCAUAUUUUCUUCCACCAAGUUACUCUGUUUAUCAUAAAAGAUUUUAGUUUUCCUUCCCAUUUGGAGUUUUCUCGGCAAAAAUCAUUACGUUAAAUUUACAUUCUGAACAAAAAAUUAAUUUGUCUUUAUAAUGUAUGUAAAAUGCAAAAAAAAAAUCUAUGCAGCAAGUGGCUAAAUUUAGUGUUGCCAAUAUUAGAUGAAGUAUAUCAAGAUAUAUCAAGAACAUAAUAUGUGACAUGUGUUGCAUGACUUUGAAUGCAUCUCUUUUGUCACUGAGGAAUGUAAUUACUAUUGUUUCAUUAAUAACCCUUUGACAUUAAAACAUCUAUAUCAUUUUUUUAACUUGAGUGCAGCUAUGCUCUUAUUGUUUUAACGCUAAUAUUGUAUCACAGUAUGUGCUCUACAGCUGUUUUUCUACAUAUCAAAUAAAAAAGUUUCAAUGAUUAAAAACACAGUCAUUCAGAGUUUGUCCAUAUGCAUGCUCCCCCUCUCAAAAUCAGCUAACCCUUGCAGGUUAAUCCAGCCAUGGCCACCCUAAAUUAAUUGCCACAACACCUUUGAAAACGUUAAGUGUUGGGGUCAGCAAUAUGUCAGAACUAGGUGUAACUUAUCUCAUAACCAUCCAACACCCACAUACAGACUGCUGGCUGUUGAGGAGGACUGUGAAUUUUUACUUACUCAAAGACUAAAGUCAAAAGGAACCAAAACAGUUUCAGUCUGAAAACACAAGGAAUCCAGUGUUUCUGCUGUUGAUGGAACUGUAACUGGGAGGAGCUCGACUGCUGGCCUCUGGGUGAAAGAAGAACAUAAGAGGGGAAAAGAAAAACUAUGUUCCUCUGUCAAAUCUCAUUGGAUUAAAACCAAGAGUUCAUUUUCCACAGUCCUUGUGGGUUUAUCUGCAGUGGUCUUAUUAAUACUUUGGAUGUGGCUAUGAGAUUAAAUACAAUACUCUACAAGUAUGUUUUCUUGGUAGGGUAUCCCUUAAUAUGGUGUAAUGACUAUAAUAUUGCAUAUUUAAAAUGCAAUAUGUAAUUAUGCAUAGUUUCUUUUUUCAUUGCUAUCUGUGCAUUAAUUUGCUAUCUGUGCAUUAAUUUUAUAUAUUUAUCUUAAAUUUUAGUAACUGAUUUCCUCAUUUCUGGUGCUGAAAUUCUGUUGUCUCAGUUUAAACAAGUACAUGCAUGUUCAUAAAAAAAAAAACACUAUUUCCCUAAAUAGACAGCAUCAACAAAUGAUUUAGCCGCGUCUUGGUUUCUAUCCUCUGUCACUUGACUUCUCGCUAAGGAAGGAUGAGUCUGACUCAUCCUUCCUUAAAGUGGGUUUAAAGUGUGUUGAGCUACAAGACUCAACUUGCUAACGGAACUCAACUAAGGCCAGAGAAACAAAACAGUGACUAAUGCUCUAUCAAAUUAGAAUGGAUUUCUUGGAGGAGAACGACUACUACUACAAUGAAAAUAUUACCUUCAACUUCAGCUAUGAUGACUACCCCGCCCUGUGUGAGAAGGCUGACAUUCGCUCUUUUGCUGCCCUCUUCCUCCCCAUCAUGUACACGGUGUGUCUGGUGGUGGGACUGGCAGGAAACGCCUUAGUCGUGAUCGUGUACGCCUACCACAAACGCCUGAAGACCAUGACAGACACUUUCCUUACUCACCUGGCUGUGGCCGACCUGCUCCUGCUCUUCACGCUGCCUUUCUGGGCUGCUGAUGCUGCAAGGGGCUGGGAGCUGGGCGGGGUUGUCUGCAAGAUUGUGUCCGCCUGCUACACGGUCAACUUCACCUGCUGCAUGCUCCUUCUGGCCUGCAUCAGCCUGGAUCGUUACUUAGCGUUAGCCAGGGCGCAAGGUAGAGACCAAAGAGGUUGGCUGCAGAGGGUGUUCAGCAGGAGACACUGUUGGAAGGUGUGUAUAGUUGUCUGGGCGACAGCUUUCAUGCUCGGUCUUCCUGAUUUAAUACUCUCUGAAGUGAGAUGGGCAUCUAAUAGGAAUGUCUGUCUGCCUAUCUACCCUCCAUCUAUGGCUAGAGGGGGUAAGGCUGUUCUGGAGAUAGCUGAGGUGCUGCUAGGAUUCCUACUUCCUCUCCUUGUGAUGGUGAUCUGUUACUGGAGUGUGGGCCGAGCACUAAAGGGCCUCCCCGUUCAAAACAGAGGAAAGAAGUGGAAAGCUCUGCGUGUUCUUCUAAUAGUAGUGGGAGUGUUUGUGGCCACACAGCUGCCUUAUAAUGUCUUGAAGGUCUAUCGAGUGAUGGACUCAGUCUAUGCUUUAGUGACCCACUGUGGGACGAGUAAACUGCUGGAUAAGGCUGCUCAGGUGACGGAGAGCCUGGCCCUCACUCACUGCUGCCUCAACCCGAUUAUCUAUGCCUUUGUGGGCUCUUCCUUCAGGCAGCACAUGGUGAAAGUGGCCAAGAGGUUUGGCGAGAAGAGAAGAAAGAGGAAAAGGAGAAUGGAAUGUCCUGCAGAGGAGGAAGGGAUGGAGAUCUCAUUUAACUCUCACAGUGCAUCUCAAGCAACAAACACAUUCUCAUUGUGAGUUAACAGUAGUAUUCCAUAGUCAACAUUACUUCUAUGUAUCGCUUAUUUAGUAUAGUAUAAGAGCAGAUACAGUUACUCUGUGUAGACUUGUUUAGAAAACAGCAGCAGUGGAAGCAUGUAUGUAGAAAUUAUUAGGCUGGAUAAAAAUUCAGUUCCUGCCACAUUAAAAACAAAAACAGGAGGAUGUUAUUGUAAAGUCUUUUCCUCCACUGCUUUUAUAAAAAUGGGUUUGAGUGAAAUGCAUUGUUUACGUCCCAUACUUUCAAGCCACAAACAAUCUGUUUUUCUGACAGUGAUGAAUGAAAAAUGAAUUUGCUUUUUAUGUUUGGUUGUAUUUUAUAGCCUGGUCUUAAAAAUGUAUUUUGAACUGUAUUUUUAUAGUUGAUAUUGCAAUAAACUAUUUAC